AUGGGGCUUUCUGACAAGGAACAACAAUGGGGAAGUGCUAGCAGCUUGUGCAGGGAAUAUUUCUUAUGCUUCAUCGGCAUUGCAUCUGAAGCAAUUGCGGCCUACAAAGGUGUACUUCAGGCCGCACAAUUGGGAAUGUCGCAAAUUGUCUUGGAAAUGGAUGCCACAAUGUUAGUUGUUGCCGUCAAGUCGUCAAGUGUAGACCGAAGCAGCAUAGGUGCUCUGGUCUUCAAGAUACGAGAUGUUAUGCAAUCCGAGUUUUCUUCAUGUCGCAGGAUGCCUCCGCCGCGUGAGCACCACCAGCCCCAGGAGGAGGACGACGAUGACACCGCAGGCGUCGUCAAGCUCAUCAGCGCCGAGGGCUUCGAAUUCGUCGUCGACAAGAAGGCCGCCAUGGUCUCCAACACCCUCCGCAACAUGCUCACAUCGCCAGGCGGCUUCUCCGAGACGCGCCAGGGCGAGGUCCGCUUCCCGGAGAUCCCCACCCACAUCCUCGAAAAGAUCUGCCAGUAUUUCUACUGGUCGCUCCAUUACUCCAGUGGGAAGGAGACAACUGAGUUUCAGAUCGAACCGGAGAUCACCCUGGAGCUGAUGAUGGCCGCAAACUACCUGGACACUUGA